AUGGCGACAUUCGAAUCCUCGCUGGCCUACCAUGAGCCCUCCAUCACCACAAUCAUCAUCCUCUCGGGCUUCCUGCUGCUGCUCAACGGCGUCAACUUCGCCCUCGACAAGCUCGUCUACUGCGGCCUCAUCGGCCAGGUCUUCCUCGGCAUCGCCUGGGGCACUCCCGGCGCCAAAUGGCUGCCCCAGGAGAUGGAGCAGUCAAUCAUGCAGCUCGGCUAUCUCGGCUUGAUACUGAUCGUCUUUGAAGGUGGCCUCUCUACCUCGUUCAGGUCUCUCAAGGCGAACCUCCUCCUGUCCAUCGGCGUCGCCAUGACCGGCAUCGCCGUGCCGAUGGGCCUGUCCUUCACCCUCAGCUCCAUGGUCGGCGCGUCCCCACUGCAGGCCUUCGCCGCCGGCGCCGCUCUCUGCUCGACCAGUCUGGGAACGACCUUCACGGUCCUCGGCACCAGCGGCCUCACGACAACGCGCAUGGGCGUCGUCUUGACGAGCGCCGCCAUGAUGGACGACGUCAUCGGCCUGAUCAUGGUCCAGAUCGUUUCGAACCUUGGCGGCGGCGGCGGCAGCGGCGACUUCAACGCCGUCACAGUCGUUCGGCCGGUUCUCGUCUCGUUGGGUUUCGCGACGCUGGUGCCGGCGGCGUGCAAAUUCAUCGUGGGACCGGUGACGCUCCGGUUGAAUGCGAUGCGUGAGAAGAGCCCCGGCUCGAAACUGGAUGAAAUCCUGCGCCUGCGGCAGACUGCGCUCGUCCUCCACACGUGUUGGCUAUUUGGCCUCGUGGUCGGAGGGACGUUCGCUGGUACUUCGAGCCUACUUGCGGCCUACGUCGCAGGCGCGACCAUCAGCUGGUGGGAUAGCGAGGUGCCUCAUCUCGCAGCUCGCACCCGCAACAUGACAGGGGCAUCUGCAGUAGGGUCCUCGUCGACUACGCCCGAUCAAAAGAUCGUCAGGACCGGAUCGUCAACAGAGGCAGGUGCUGCUGUUGCAUCAGCAGCGGCGACGGCGACGGCCCCUGAUGUUCGCGAGCCAGACACGUACAACUCGGGCGUCAACAUCUACGAGCAUUACUACAGCAAGGCUGUUGAACAUGUUUUGAAGCCAUUCUUUUUCGCAUCUAUCGGCUUCUCCGUCCCAAUCACGAGAAUGUUCUCCGGCCCCAUUGUGUGGCGUGGAGUCGUUUACACCAUCCUGAUGAUGGUGAGCAAGAUGCUUUGCGGGCUGUGGCUGUUGUCCUUUGCAAGCCCCCUUCAAACGGUGCAGCGGGUUGCCGCGAAGAUAUCUGGCGCGAGCAAGAAACAGUCCAAGAAGCUUGCUCCUGGAACGCAGUGUGCGGGCACCGGAACGGAUGCGUCCCCUAAUAGCGGCGAGACGAUGCCGCAGCGAGAUCAACAGCAACCCCAGCAGGAAGGUCAGGCCAGCGAGGUGCCUCUUCAGCCUUCCAAUCCUCUGCAAGCCGCGACCACCCCAAAGAACGCAUCUCCGGAGCCAGAGAUGCCGGUUUCCGUGUACCCGGCCUGCAUUCUCGGCUUCGCCAUGGUCGCUCGCGGUGAAAUCGGGUACUUGAUCUCAGCCUUGGCCGAGAGCACCGGCAUCUUCAGCGGCGGGACGGGUGCCCCCGAUCAGCCCUCCGAGCUAUUCCUGAUGGUGACGUGGGCCAUUACGCUCUGCACAAUCAUCGGCCCAAUCUGCGUCGGGCUGCUCGUGAACAGGGUCAAGCGGCUGGAGAUGCAGAGCGGCAAGGGGACAAAAGGGGGUGGACGGAACGUUCUAGGCGCGUGGGGUUUGAACUAG